AUGGGAAACUUUCCUGGGGAUAUUAUUGAUUGUCAUCAAGAAUUACUUACUGACUUAGUGAUGGAGGCAGGAUAUGUAUAUGGAAAUUAUAGAUCUAUCUAUUUCAUCUAUCUAUCUAUCUAUAUCUAUCUAUCUAUCUAUCUCAUUCUGUUCAUAUUUAUCUAUCUACCUAUCUCAUUCUGUUCAUAUCUAUCUCUCUAUUUCAGUCUGUUCAUAUCUAUCUAUCUAUCUAUCUAUCUAUCUAUCUAUCUCAGUCAUUUCGUAUCUACCUAUCUCUCUAUUUCAGUCUCUUCAUAUCUAUCUAUCUAUCUAUCUAUCUAUCUAUCUAUCUAUCUAUCUCAGCGUUUUCUCAUGUAUCUAUCUAUAUAUCUAUCUAUCUUAUUUGGUUUGUAUGCAUAUUUACGUAUCUAUCUAUUUAUCUAUCUACCCUCGAUAUGUUCAUAUCUAUCUAUCUAUCUAUCUAUCUAUCUAUCUAUCUAUGUUACGCCUACUACUGAUUUUAUAUUCACACUUAUAACAACACAUCUAUCUAUCUAUCUAUCUAUCUAUCUAUCUAUAUAUGUCUGUGUGUAG